GUACACCGGAGGAGCGGCGCGCGCCCGGUCGACAAUACGUUGAAAAUAUAGAUUUUGUGUUGCGCAUAGCUCUGCGCAAUGCAAGCUACUAAAUAUUCAAUUGCAAAAUAAAUUAGUUCAGUGCGAAGCAAAAUGGCGCAGUCCACAAUAAUGAAUUGGAGCCUCACAGUAAAACAUAUUUCACUAAUUCUUGCCGUAUUAAGUUCAUUUUUACAGAGUACAUUAUGCUUAUAUCAAGAAGGACAAAUAGCUACUGAUGAUAAUUGGAUAUUUUUAGCCAGAUUUUGUUUUCUGUCAGACAUUGGCAGAUUACGAUUUGAAGUCCAAUAUCCCCAGUCCUUUCAAACCCAGAACCUUAUACUAUACUACGACGAGCCAGAUCAAUGGCCGUCGGUCUACCCGUUAGAUACAGCACCGUUACAGACAUGCCUUGAGAAAGAAUCCGUCUUGAAACCAGAGAACCACCAAGUGGUGAACCUCACCACCAGCUACGUAUGGUCAGGAUGUGCCCUCCUGGAAACCGAGAGCACCAGUGACUGGAGACGGCUCUUUGGUGACACGCACUACUUUGACUGCAAGGGUGGACGCAGCUUCCGCUCCGUCAGGGACAGGUGGUGGUAUAUCGUCAUCUCAAACUGCAACGCUGGGCAGGUAAGACCUCCGAUGGUUCUUGGCUCUUGGGUGCUGAUGAAUUAUAAGCUGACUAUGACCAAUGGAGAGGACUGGUGGUACAAGCAUUUUUCUGCGGAUCAGUUUGGUAUCUUAGCAACUGACAUUGCCUUUCUAUUCUUGUUCAUGGCCCUAUUUGGAUGCUCUGCCUACGUUGCAAUGAUUCUGACGUCCAGGUCUCUUUUCCACACCACAUAUAAGAUGUACAUGUGUGUACUCUUCCUUUACAUUCUAAGCCUUGUUUUCUACAUCAUCUUCUACGCUGACUAUGCAAAUGACGGGACGGAGGUCCAGGGGUUAAAGUUCACGGCGCGGGCGUUCCAAUCCGGAGCCGACGCCCUCUUUCUGCUGCAGUUGAUCCUCAUGGCAAAGGGAUAUACCAUCACAAGAGGUCGACUCAGCCACUCGGGCUCAGUAAAAAUCACCAUUCUUAUGGCGAUCUACUGCAUGUUAUAUGCGGCACUUUUCAUCUAUGAAGUCUAUGCCUUUGAUGAAGGUGAGGUGUUAUACCUGUACGAGAGCCCUGCAGGGUACGUCUUGGUGGCGUUGAGGGCUCUCACCUGGCUGUGGUUUAUCUACGCUAUCUUCUUCACGCUGAAGCACUACCCCGAGAAGAACUCCUUCUAUAUACCUUUCUUCUUCUGCUACACGCUUUGGUUCCUUGCGAUGCCCAUCAUGACAAUUAUAGCAACCUUGGUGAUGCCGAAAUGGUGGAGAGAAAAGGCCAUGAACGCCAUCGAGCUCAUCAUUGCCUUUGUAGCUCAAUUGGGCUUUUUGAUUCUCACGAGGCCUUCCGCAGCCAAUCACAACUUCCCGUACCACGUCCGAACCUCCCAGGUGGGCGUGAUCGACGUCCCUGACGGACAGGUCCAGAACAAUCCUGAUGCGUACCAGCACCAUGGGUACGCCGCCAACAACGUGUUCCAGGUCGAUCAUCAGCCGAACUUCACCGAGCUGUUCACCGUCGGGCAACCUAAUAAGUACGCUCAGAACCAGCAGCCCAACGGCAACACGAACGGAACGGUUAACGGCUCGUCAAAUGGAGCUAGCCAUUUACCUCAGAGGGAUGUAUCCAGCAUGUUCGCGGCCAAAUAGAUGAAGAGUCCGCCGUGUGAUUUUUGAAACGAUACAUCUCCGCCUUGGAAGAAAGUUGAAGUAUGAUCAAAGUGAGUUAGAAGUUGAAAGCAACUACACAUAUGUCUGCCCUUUGCAGUCAUUUCUCCAUCUGACAGUAACUGCUAUCGCAGUUAUCUUCAAUUGUUUUAAUUUAGAUCCACCAUGUCUUUACAUCACACAUGUAAGCUUGACGUGUAUUUUAUAGUGAUCACCUUAGGAUCUUGUUUU